AUGCCUCUUACUAGAGCUGCGAGUGCAAGUUUGGCAGGUAGACCGAUACUAGGGCAAAAUGGGGCGGUAGCCACUACCGAAGCUACAGCCGUAAGCAGUGUGGUUACCGGGGUUCACAGCGCUCCUUCUAACGCACAACAUGUUACAACUGCCGCGCAUAGUGGUCCCAUUGCUUCUCAUAUGGCACAUUUAACACAUGGGGAUGUCCCAGCUCAAGGGAUUUCAGUCCCAACAGCAAGGUCCAGUUCAUCGGCACCGCCACCAGUUCCUUUGAGCAUGCAAGAGGCCGCUAACUCGUUCAACACGUCUUUUUGGUCGCAUGGAAGCGUUGCGUCACCAAACUAUAGUGUCCUGACCGGGUUGCAGCAACUACAGAAUAGGCCAAUUGUUCCGCCAGCCGAUCCAGCAGUCAGUGCAGGGGAAGAAGAAAGAUUGAGAGUUCUGAUACCGAGAAUUGCCGAAGCGACCAAGCGAUCGUUGUUGGGGGACAAUGAGGCGACAAAUCAAUUAUUGUCACAAGCCGGUUUGGCGAUGCCAGCCGCGGCACCACAUGCACCAACGCGGACAUCCCUGGAGUCAGCCAUUCUGUCCUCACAUGCAUUGGCGGCAGGCUUAACGUCUCAGCAGCCUAAUGUAGCAAGGGGUUUCCAACAAUUAUAUCCGGAGCGGGCAGUAAAUCCACCAUCGAUUCACGAUCCUAGACUGCUGUCACUUGGUCCAUUCAACCAACCGCCACCAGGGUUCGCAUCAAAUGGUGCACCAGCACAGCCGCCAACCAGUUUAUCGGUACCACCGCCAGCCAACGGAGUCCGAACUCAUGCAACACCACAUAUCAAUCAAAUCAAUCAACAACCAAGCAGUACCAUCUCAGAGAUCUCCGGACGUUUUAAUUUGGCGAAAUGGGGAGUAUCUUUUGAUGGGACCGACAAAACCAUGAGCGUCCAAGAGUUCAUCUUCAGAGUGGGUGAACUGAAAAAGGAUUAUAAUUGUCCCGAUGAAAUACUAAUCACCAAAUUUCACCAACUCUUGGAAAAACCAGCACUUGAUUGGUAUUGGAACCACCGGAAAUUGGUCCAGUUUCGCACAUGGAAGGAAUUAGAAAGUGCUUUGUUGGCGCAAUACCAAAGAUUUGAAAAUGAAUUCCAACUUCAAAUGCAAAUUUUAAAUCGGCGUCAACUACCCCAAGAGAAUUUUGAGGAAUUUUAUAAUGAUGUGCUGCGGUUACGAACACAGCAAAAAUCGCCCUACCGAGAGCACGAGAUAGUGGAAAUAAUGCGAGGCAACCUUAAGCCGUCUCUAGCUCAAAUGAUCUUCUCUGCUCAGAUAAGUAGCUUGGGUGAUUUUUAUAGGCAGGUGAAGAAAGCCGAAAAUCUUGUGUGGAGCCAAAGACAGCAGAGAUACAACACACCACAAAAAGUGCAUGAGAUCGAUUGGCAGAUGGAAGAGGAACCCCGAGGUGAAAUUGAAGUUGAUGCCGUGACCAUGACAUCCAAAUAUAAAUGUUGGAACUGCGGUGUUGUGGGUCAUAGCUGGAUGGAGUGCCGGGAACCUCGAAAGAUUUUCUGCUAUAGGUGUGGCCUAGAAGGUGUUACCGUCCCCGAUUGUCCGAAGUGUCAGGGAAACCGACCCAGGAACCCACCUCAGUCUGGGCAGGUGAGGUCAACCCCAGUUUAAGCCCAGAGCAGUGUAGUAGUUCUAAGGCCAACUUUUCUAUUUUGAAGAAUGAGGAGAGAGAAAAUAAAAAUUCAGGGAUAAAACCGAGAUUGAGAGAGUUGAAACCCCUACAUAUUCGAAUCAAAGAAUAUUGCGAGGCGAGAGAAAGAAUUUUUGGGCAAGUUUCCAAUAAAAUAAAAAAGGCUAGGGAGAGAUACAAGAGGAGAAGACGCAUUCGACAGGAGAUAGCCUCGGCUACCAUAUUUGAAGGGGAAGAUAAUCGUCUCUAUACAAAACUAAAUAUCAACGGUGAAGAGAUAGAGGGAUUGUUAGAUAGUGGGGCUACAGUCUCCUGUCUGGGUAAAAAUUGCCUUAACUUUGUGGAAAGGGCAGGGUUGGAAAUUAACCAUUUCCAUUCCUUUAUCAAAACAGCUGAUGGCAGCCCACAUAAAAUAGUUGGCAGGGUGACGACAAUGGUCAAAUUUAGGCAGCAGGAGCAUUCUGUCAUAUUUUAUCUUGUUCCUUCUCUGAGCCGUGAGUUGUUUCUGGGGGUAGAUUUUAUGAAACGUUUCCAAAUGUUCGCUCAGGUGGACAGUUUGUCCCUUCAGCAAGUGAGUCUCUGUGGUGAGCCUGAGAUCAGUGAUGUUAAUAGCCAUUCUUUGUCCGAGGAGCAACGAAAGCGUUUGCAACUAGUAAAGGACAAAUUUCCUUGUUUUACCAAGUAUGGCUUGGGAAAGACUAAAGCUGA